AUGGCUCCUAAUAUAUCUACAUCAAGGAGCAACAACAACACUACCACCAUCAACGUUAAAGUUGUUGCUGCUGAAUCAUUAUAUAAACGAGAUGUAUUCCGUCAACCAGAUCCAUUUGCCGUGUUGACAGUUGAUGGAUCUCAAACUAAAACUACCAUCACUGCUAAAAAAACAUUAAAUCCUUAUUGGAAUGAAACUUUCAAUUUCCAAGCUAAAGAAGAUUCUAUAUUAGUUAUACAAGUAUUUGAUCAAAAAAAAUUUAAAAAGAAAGAUCAAGGAUUUCUUGGUGUUAUUAAUGUUAGAAUUGGUGAUGUUAUUGAUUUGUCUUUAAAUAGUUCGGAAGAAACUAUAACUAGAGAUUUGAAAAAAUCUAAUGAAAAUUUAGCGGUAUCGGGGAAAAUCAUUGUUGUGAUAUCUCAUAAUAGAAAUUCCAAUGGAGGAGGGGUAACCACAGCCACUACUAGAGGUACUGGUGCUUCAUCAUCCAAUAAUAUUGCUACAAUUACUAGCGGUGUUAAUAAUUUACGCAUAGGUUCAGCUACUACUACUGCAAACUCAACAGCACAAGCAUCUUCUGAUGCAACUGUUGGUGCUAAUGGAUCAGGUCCAACAUCUUCAUUGCCUCCAAUAGGACAAGGACACCCAGAAACUGCGGCAACCCCAGGAGGAGCAGCUGGAGCAGCUGGAGCAGCAUCUAGACAAUAUUCAUCUUUUGAAGAUCAAUAUGGUAGAUUACCACCUGGUUGGGAACGUAGAACUGAUAAUUUUGGUAGAACUUAUUAUGUUGAUCACAAUUCUAGAACUACAACUUGGCAACGUCCAGCUUUACAUCAAUCAGAAACUGAAAGAGGCCAACAAAGACAAUCAGAAACUGAAGCAGAAAGAAGACAACAUCGGGGUAGAACAUUACCUGGUGAAGGAUCGGUUUCACCUUUACCAACAGGAUCGGGUAAUUCCAUUACUAGUGGUAAUGUCACGGUAAAUGCAUCAGGUGCGAAUACACCAGUCAACCCUGCAGCUGCAGUUUCAAUGGCAGCUUCCGGUGCCACUACUAGUGGAUUAGGAGAAUUACCAUCGGGUUGGGAACAAAGAUUUACUACUGAAGGACGUCCGUAUUUUGUUGAUCAUAAUACUAGAACAACAACUUGGGUUGAUCCAAGACGACAACAAUAUAUUAGAACAUUUGGUCCUAAUACCACUAUUCAACAACAACCAGUGAGUCAAUUGGGUCCGUUACCUUCAGGUUGGGAAAUGAGAUUAACCAAUACUGCUCGAGUAUAUUUUGUUGAUCAUAAUACCAAGACCACUACAUGGGAUGAUCCAAGAUUACCAUCAUCAUUGGAUCAAAAUGUCCCACAAUAUAAACGUGAUUUCAGAAGAAAAGUCAUUUAUUUCCGUUCACAACCAGCAUUAAGAAUAUUACCGGGACAAUGUCAUAUUAAAGUAAGAAGAGAUCAUAUAUUUGAAGAUUCAUAUCAAGAAAUUAUGAGACAAACCCCUGAAGAUUUGAAGAAGAGAUUAAUGAUUAAAUUUGAUGGCGAAGAAGGGUUAGAUUAUGGUGGUGUUUCUCGUGAAUUCUUUUUCUUAUUAUCUCAUGAUAUGUUUAAUCCGUUUUAUUGUUUAUUUGAAUAUUCAUCUCAUGAUAAUUAUACAUUACAAAUCAAUCCUAAUUCCGGUAUUAAUCCUGAACAUUUGAAUUAUUUCAAAUUUAUUGGUCGUGUUGUUGGAUUAGGGGUAUUCCAUAGAAGAUUCUUGGAUGCUUUUUUUGUUGGAGCAUUAUAUAAAAUGAUGUUACAUAAAAAAGUUGUGCUACAAGAUAUGGAAGGGGUUGAUGCUGAAUUCUAUCGAUCAUUAAAAUGGAUUUUAGAUAAUGAUAUAACUGGUAUAUUAGAUUUGACGUUUAGUGCUGAAGAAGAAAGUUUUGGAGAAAUUGUUGAAGUUGAUUUAAAACCUGGUGGUAGAGAUAUUGAAGUGACUGAAGAAAAUAAACAUGAAUAUGUUGAAUUAAUAACUGAAUGGAGAAUAAGUAAACGAGUGGAAGAACAAUUCAAAGCAUUUAUUGAUGGGUUCAAUGAAUUAAUACCUCAAGAAUUGGUUAAUGUAUUUGAUGAACGUGAAUUAGAAUUAUUAAUUGGUGGAUUAGCGGAAAUUGAUUGUGAAGAUUGGAAAAAACAUACUGAUUAUCGUGGUUAUCAAGAAAAUGAUCAAGUUAUUCAAUGGUUUUGGAAAUGUAUUAAUGAAUGGGAUUCAGAACAAAAGGCAAGAUUAUUACAAUUUACAACGGGGACUUCCCGUAUACCAGUUAAUGGUUUCAAAGAUUUACAAGGUAGUGAUGGACCAAGAAGAUUUACUAUUGAAAAAGCUGGUGAAGCUAAUCAAUUGCCCAAAUCUCAUACAUGUUUCAAUAGAGUUGAUUUACCACCUUAUACUGAUUAUGAAAGUUUGAAACAAAAAUUAACAUUGGCAGUUGAAGAAACAGUUGGAUUUGGACAAGAAUAG